UGAGGGCAUCGCUUUCUGCGGCUCGAAGCGGCGCCAUUUUGGGACGGACGAAGUGAGUGGAGCGAGGAGUUUUAUGCGAAGCGCGCGGCGGAUUGAGAGAGAGGGAGAGCGAGAGAGGGAAAAGCAACGGCUGCCCAAAGACAAGAAGAUUUAAAUUUUUUUUCGGAAGCUUGGUGAGGAUUUGCUGGGAUUUGUUGGCUGAGUGACUGCUGCUGUUGCUUUCUUAACCUGGUCGGGACAGGCCGAGAGAGAGAAGAGGUGACCUGGAUUCCAAAUGUGAGUCUGGACAACUCACAGUCCUUUGCCUCAACUUGUGAAGAAGAGUUAGCUGGAUGUUUAUAUGCAACUUCUGCUUUGGUUGAGUGAAAGACUGUUGACUAUUAAAAAGUGGAAUUGAAAUUCAGAUCUAUUUCUCUUGAAACAAAUUUAAGGCCUUCAGAACCAGUUUGAAAAGCUCGUGGACCUUUGAAACUUCCCUCCUUCCAAACUGAAGAAGUCAUCUCGGACUAAUUUUUGCCCAUAUGGAAUGGAUAAUUGCAUAAGUUUAGGCUCUGCAUGUUGCUUUCAAAAAGUAUUUUUACUUUAUAAUUCAGAAAUUUCAGAGGAGAUUGACUCAUUUUGCCAACUAGGAGUACAAUAUUGCUUUAAAUGCAGUGUCUGAAAAUUACUGGCAACUUUUACGAUUUUCAUUUUUAGGAAAUCUGCUAUUUUUUGCAAUGAAACCUGAUUCCCAAUGAAGAGAUUAAGAUCUUUAUUUUUUGUUUGCAUUUGUCGAAAUUUUUGAUGUAGUAAGGAAGCAAUAUGGGAACAUCGAGAUAGCUACUGUGUACAGAUGCCUGAAUUGACUCAUAGAAAUGUACUUCAAUUCAGAUGCAGAAUCUGACUUUGCAGUUCUGUUCUUUGUGUCAUAAGUGUAUAGUGGGAUAUACAUGGAAUAGGAAAGCAACAACAUUUCAAAAAGUAAGACAAAAUUUGAACAUUAGACCUGUUUAAUAUCUGGAAUAACUUUGUGGAGUCCUUGAAUGUGAAGAAUGGGUAGCUGAUUUCCAAGGGUCAGACCUGUACUGCAUAACUACGGAUGUAGUAUCUUUAAGGAACUCGGGAUAUAUUGUAAAGGAAACAAACUGGAAAACAAAAGUCAUAGAGAGUUAAUGCCAAUCUGCGCAGUUUUCUUGGAUUUUGUUUAUUUUCAACAGAAUCCAGUGCUGCCUCAAAUAAUAUGUAAGAUGGACAAAACAACCUAGUUCAAAAAUUUGAUAAACACAUCUUACAAAAUACAAAGAAAUACACUGCUGGUUGUGCAUUUUGGAAACCCAAACUUUCUGUAUGUUGGACCUGUUUCCUAUUUCAUAGGUAUUUGCCAUGAGGUGUUGAAGCCUUAUUUCACUGGUUUGGAGAGAUUGGACCUAAAUGGCGCAGCAUGACUUUGCUCCAGCCUGGCUUAAUUUUCCUACUCCACCAUCAACAUCAAAGUCUUCGCUGAAUUUUGAGAAGCAUUCCGAAAGCUUUUCAUGGACAGAGAAUCGUUAUGAAGUUAAUCGUAGACGGCACAACUCAUCUGAUGGAUUUGAUCCUAGUAGUGGCCGUUCAAAUGGAGGGCAUUUAGGAAGAAAAGAAAGAAGUAGCUGGCGUUCCCAAGGUAGAAACGGCACUGAAAAUACAAACCACAGAACAGGAUAUCAUAGUGGAGGUUCACGUGCUCGCACCAGCAGCUUUCAGUCUGGAAAAAGCCAAGGUCUACAUGAAAGCAAUGCAUCCGAAUGCGAGAUUUUGAGAAAAGAAGACAAGGAAAGGCCCAAACAAUUUGAAGCUGAAGACUUUCCAUCCCUCAACCCUGAAUAUGAGAGAGAACCAAACCAGAAUAAAUCAUUAGCUGCAGGUGUUUGGGAAUAUCCUCUGAAUCCUAAAUCUAGAUCUCCACGAAUGCUGGUUAUUAAAAAGGGCAGUACAAAAGAUUUACAGAUAUCUGGCUUCCCUGUGGGCGGAAAUGUUCAUUCACAAUCAGUCAAGAAUGGAACUGGUGCAAGUGUGUAUAAGGGUUUAGUCCCUAAACCUGCUAUUCCACCAGCAAAGACUACUCAGUGGAAAAGCCAAACAAAAGAAAACAAACUGGGGCUUCCAUUUCCUCAUGAAUCUCCUUAUGGUACUGGAAAUUUUAGUGCUUUCAAAUCUACUGCCAAGGCAGUUGGAUCGCAGAGUUCAGUGAAAGAGUGCAAUCGUUCCAAUUCUUCAUCCCCUGUUGAUAAACUUGGCCAGCCUCGCUUAACCAAAUUGACACGGAUGCGUACUGAUAAGAAGAGUGAAUUUUUGAAGACUCUGAAACGUGAUCGAGUGGAAGAGGAACAGGAUGAGAAUUGUGUAGGGCAAGAGAAGGAAGAUGACGAUGAAGACGACGAAUUUAAUUUACAUAACAGCAACAAUGGUCAUCAAGAGAGGGAUAUAAACCGAAAUUUUGAAAAUGAAAUUUCCCAAGAGAAUAGAAACGCUGCAAUGAUGUCUCAGCAGAUCAUCCGGUCUUCAACAUUUCCUCAGACCGAUGUCCUUUCAAGCUCACUUGAAGCAGAGCAUCGAUUGUUAAAAGAAAUGGGUUGGCAGGAAGACAGUGAAAACGAUGAAACAUAUGCUCCAUUAACUGAGGAUGAAAUGAGGGAAUUUCAGGUUAUUAGUGAGCAGCUACAAAAGAAUGGCCUUAGGAAAAAUGGUGUUCUAAAAAAUGGCCUCGUCUGUGACUUCAAAUUUAGUCCCUGGAAAAACAGCACUUUCCAACCAACUCUUGAGAAUGAAGACACAGAGACUAGCAGCAGCGACACAUCAGACGAUGAUGAUGUGUGAAGAUUGCUUGAGAGUUUCAGGAUUUCUAUCUUGCAUCUUGUGCAGUUUGAGAAUGAAUUGUUCAGAAGAGGGGAGAACUAUAAUUUUUCAUAGUGAUAUGCCUCAUUGGAGGAAGAAUCUUCAGGACUUCUCAUGAAGGAACCUAAGAAUGUGCUGAUGAGCUGUUUCUGAACAUGACUAUUUCUUUGUAAAUGGAUGUUGUAGAAAACGAGGACUUUGCUCCAACAUAGACUUCCUUCAUCACUGCAGCAUUUCUCUGACUAGCAAUGUGACAAUGUAAGAGAAUGAGGUUUUCUCAUUUAAUAAUAAAAGAAGAUUAUGUAAUGUUUGGCAAAGUUUUUGUCUUAAAACUGUGCAGGUCUAAGGGAGAAAAGGGCACCUUGAUACAGUUUGUUACUUACUGAAACCAGUUUAUUUUACAGUGGAAUUCUCUAAUUUUCACUUUGUGCACCGACAAUAGACAGUAGCAUGUUGGCUAAAUAUGACAAAAGUGCACUAAAACAUCCAUUUCCUGAACUGUUAUAAUUGUUCCACUUCUUGAAACAUACCAGUAAUUCUCCAGCAGUUUGUACUACAAUAAUUAUGAAAAUAUUUGCUUCAAUUCCGAAACUCACAGAAAUGGUGUAAAUCAAAAGCUUUAUUUGGAUGCUGCAAGACCCAGGAAUCUGGAUCCUCCUCAAAUGGACACUGAUUCUUGGGAAAAUAAACAUUAUUUUGAUAAAUUA